GCAGUGUUAGCUCAGAUUGAAAAAUGCUGAAUGGUCUAACAUUUUUGUUUAAAACAUACUAUACUAUUCAACGUUUUUUUUGGGACAUAUCAAUUUAGAAAAUAAAAUUCCAUCCAAACUGUUUUAAAUAAUUUUAAUAAAAAAAAUUAAAAUCGAAAAAAACUCCUGUGGAUCUGCGGUUGAGUGUGCCAAAGCCGGGGUUGUGAUACUUAGAAUUUCGAUGGGAUUUCACCCUUCGGUGCCUUAGAAUUUCGUCUAGUAAGGGCAGCUGAAGAACAUUAUUAUUGAAGUAGGGAUUCCUGAGAUGCUUUAACAGGGCGUGGUUUAUAUUUUGGGCAAUCAGAGGAUUCGUUGCCGUUUUGCAAGUUGGCGAUUCCACGGUUCACCUUCAAAAUUAAAGGCUGGCGCUCUGAGGCUUCUCGGUUCAAGGGUUUGGUUAUUGUGUUUCUUUCAGAGUGAAUCGGCAACUCAGUACUGCAGCUAAAAGAACUUCUGGGUAUGUUAUAUUUUGUUAGGUUUCAUAAUAUACCCUGCGCAGCGCAAUCUGGGAGAUUAGAAACCAUUUCCGUAGAUAUUGCAUUGAAAAGAUGUUAUUGUUUUAAUUCCAACUUGGGUUUUAGCUCUUCGAGUACACGCCCCCGUUCAGUUCAAAGGAAUGCCCAAAACCAUGUUGGGAUAUUCUGGGACUUGGACAACAAACCGCCAAAGUCUUUUCCUCCCUAUGAUGUAGCUGUCAGGAUAAAAGCAGCGGCAUCUUCCUUCGGGGUAGUUCGGUACAUGGUGGCUUAUGCAAACCGGCAUGCAUUUAGCUAUGUACCGCCGGUGGUUAGGGACAAGAGGAAAGAAAGGAAGGUAUUGAAUGAGUUGGAGAACAGGGGAGUCAUUAAAGCAGUUGGGCCUUAUUUAUGCCGUGUUUGUGGAAGGAAAUUUUAUACAAACGAGAAGCUAGUGAAUCAUUUUAAGCAAAUUCAUGAGCGUGAACAGACGAAAAGGUUGAAUCAGAUAGAGUCGGCAAGAGGGAAUAGGAGGGUGAACUUGGUAGCUAAGUUUUCAAUGAAGAUGGAGAAGUACAAGAGGGCUGCAAGGGAUGUUUUUACACCCAAAGUGGGUUAUGGUCUGGCGGAUGAGUUGACACGAGCAGGAUUUUGGGUGAAGUCUGUGUCAGAUAAACCACAAGCAGCAGAUAAUGCGCUGAGGAGUCACAUGGUGGACAUGAUGGAUAAAAGGCUAAUUGAGUGUUUGGUUCUUGUGUCCGAUGAUUCGGAUUUUGUGGAUGUACUGAAGGGGGCGAAAUUGAGGUGUCUCAAAACGGUUGUUGUGGGCAAUAGUAAUGAUGGCGCUCUUAAGAGAACUGCUGAUGCUGGAUUUUCUUGGAAGGAAGUCAUGUUGGGGAAGGCUAAGAAGGAGGCAGUAACGACUAUGGGAAGGUGGAAGGAUCGUGAAGUUUUGAAAAGAUUAGAGUGGACAUACAACCCAGAAAUUGAGAAGAAAGUGUGUGGUUAUGAUGAUGAUGUUGGUUCUGAGAGUGGGGGUGCGGAUGUUGAAGACAUUCUUCAUGGGGAAGAAGCUGACUGUAUGCAGAAGAAAGACAAUGGUGCUUGGUGGGAACUAGACUCUGAUACCGAAGUCAAAACUGCUAACUCAUUUAAGUGAUAACAUGCAGUCAUUUAUUUUUUGAGUUCAUGAUCCGAUAAAGGUCAAUUGUAUUUUAUUCUAUUUUAUUUUUUUGUGUAGCUCUUUUUAGAUAUUGUAUGAAAGAAAACCAGCGCAAUGGUAUUGUUCAUUUACUCUUAUAAAUAAACAAGAAAAAUGGUAUAUGUUUUCUCAA